UGGCGACGGAAAAUAAAUAUCAACGUUUACAGGAUAUUCGCUACUAAACUGUUGAUAGUAAAUUAACUGUAUUUUAUUUAUUUGUUUUCUUACUACAAGAUCUGUAUGAAUCAUUUUGUGGAAGAGUCUGUCUGUGUAAAUAUAGCUCAGUGUCAAGACCCUAAAUGACAUUGCACUGCUUUUCGGUAGUGUCGUUAAGCUAACAACGCAGUCAUGAAUUGGCAACUAUGGGCCUCCUCUCUGGGUGACUUGACGCCUUCGGUCGCCGAAUUUACCGUCCUUGAGUUCAUAGGUGGUCCCUUUUGAGGUUAUGGCUUAAAGACGAUCUUCUUUCACAGUUGCUGGGUUCAGGAUGAAUAUAUACUUGCUUUAAUGUGUCGUGGCUCUUUUGCAAGCCCCAUCUGAGGAUACAGCUCCUUCUCCAAAUUGUAUGUUUCAGUGACAGCUGCCAUGUUUUGGAAGUUUGACUUGCACACAUCUUCUCAUCUGGAGGCCUUGCUGGACAAGGAGGAUGUCACACUCAAAGAGCUUAUGGAUGAGGAGGAUGUGCUACAGGAGUGCAAGGCCCAAAACAGGAGACUUCUCCUGUUUCUUUGCCAAGACAACUGCAUGCAAGAACUAGUUCAUCUGAUCACAACAGAGCCCCCUGCUGGUGGAGAGGAGACGAAGCGCUUUAAGUACCCAAAUGUAGCGUGUGAGUUGCUGACGUGUGACGUGGGAAUGAUCAAUGAUAAACUGGGUAGUGAUGAGUCUCUGCUGGAAACUCUGUAUGCCUUCCUCGAGCAGCCAUCGGCACUAAAUCCUCUCCUGGCGUCUUUCUUUAGCAAGACAAUUGGAAACCUCAUCACGCGGAAGACUGAGCAGGUUAUUAGUUUCCUGCGGAAGAAGGAUGAGUUUCUUUCGUUGGUCCUGGAGCACAUCGAUACGUCGGCCAUGAUGGAUGUGCUCCUGCGCCUUAUCAGCUGUGUUGAGCCAGCGCCACUUCGUCUUGAGACUCUGAUGUGGCUUAAUGAACAGAAACUGGCCCAGAGACUCAUAGAGCUUAUUUAUCCUGGGAAAGAUGAGGAGAAGCAGACAAAUGCAUCUCAGACUUUGUGCGACAUCAUUCGGCUUAGCAGGGACCAGGCUGGGCAGCUUCAAGAGAUUUCCCAGCCCGACCCGCUGCUGACUGUGCUGGAAUCGCAGGAGUGUGUUGAGCAGCUGCUACAGAACAUGUUUUCAGGAGAGAAGACUGAAAGCUGCAUUGUUAGUGGGAUUCAGGUGUUUUUGACAUUGCUGGAAAUCCGCAGGCCUAUGGUGGAUGGGAUGAUGGAUACUCAGGCGUUUGAGAGGAGUUACACUGUUAACAGCAGCAUUUUAUUGGCCAUACAGCCACACCUGACACAUUUCCACCAGCUCCUUCUGGAGCCCCCUAAGCGAGAGCCUAUGCUGACCACUUUAGGCGUGCUGGAGGAACCCCUGGGUAACACGCGUCUGCAUGUAGCCAGACUUGUGGCUUCUCUGCUUUAUACCAGCUCUGCUAGCCAUGCAGUCGUAGCACAAGAGCUCUGCAGACUCAACACUAUGGAAGUCCUUCUGGACCUGUUUUUCAAGUACAUAUGGAACAACUUCCUGCACCUGCAAGUGGAGCUGUGUGUCGCUGCCAUCAUCCGGCCUUGUGCCCAUGAAAUGAGGCUUCAGCCUGGUUUGGCUUCCAGUGACGGGUGCAAAGCUGCUCAAGAUGGAUCGCAGGAGCAGGCCUCAGCUGAAGGUCCAUUGUCUGAAUCUCCAAGCUCCUCUGAAAACCCUGCACACAACUUAAUGGUGACCCAUUUGUUCCAACACUGCCACCUUGUCCAGAGGAUCCUUGAGGCAUGGGAAGAGAAUGAUAAAAAACAGUCAGAAGGUGGAAUGAGAAGAGGGUAUAUGGGACACCUGACCAGGAUUGCCAACACUGUGGUCCACAACCUGGAGAAAGGUCCUAUUCACACUCAGAUUAGUAACCUUAUAUCAGAGCUGCCAGAGGACUACAGAGGGCGCUGGGAAACCUUUGUGGAUCAAACACUGUCAGAAACCAACAGGAAGAAUACUAUUGACCUGGUUGGAAGUGGAAACCCUCGACCUUGCUCAGAAGAUGAUAUGGAGAGUCCCUUCCCCAAAGAACUGACAGUACAGCAGGCGUUUUCGGACUAUCAGAUCCAGCAGAUGACUGCUAACUUUGUGGAUCAGUUUGGCUUCAAUGAUGAAGAGUUUACUGAUCAUGAUGAUAGCAUUGGAGCCACGUUUGACCGGAUCGCAGAGAUCAACAUUAACAUUGAUGCAGGCCAGGACAAUGCUAACACAGCUGUGUUUGAGGCCUGUUCCAAGGAGAGAAUUCAGCCCUUUGAUGAUGAUGAAGAGGACAUUUGGGAGGAAAAAGAGAUCAACUAUGCAAUACAAACUAAGUCAAGGAACAGGUUUGGUGGGUCACAGUCCUCUCAAAGCCAAGCAGAGAGUACUUGUCAGAGGACAGCAGCUUCAAACACUGAGGCCCCCGACAGAGAAGCAUCCUCUGAUUCUGAGGAAGAGGAGCAUAAUGAUGAUCUAGAUCCUUUUUCAAGUCAAAGUCAGACAGAAACAGCAAAGAGCGUUGAUUGGGUCGCCGACUUUGGAGAAGUGAACUCGACUGCUCCUGCAGCCGGAGUGCCGUUUUCUCCAUGGGACGCUCCGGCCUCCCAGCCAGCUGCAGCAGAAGCUGAGGAUAAGGGGUGGGCAAAGUUCACCGACUUCCAGCCAUUCUGCUGCUCUGAAACAGGCCCCCGAUGCAGCUCUCCUGUAGACUCUGACCUGAGCGGAUCGGAAAAUGUCAAACCAAACCCCAACCCUUGUGUAUGGAGCGCAUGUGUGGCAAGAAAAGCUCCACUGGUGGCAUCAGACAGCUCCUCCUCCAGUGGCUCUGACAGUGACGAUGAAGACAGAAAGACGCAGUCCAAAGUCAACGUGACGGCCACCACUGAGACUAUCACCACGGGUGCCGGCAAAGAGACUAUCCGGCUCACAGUGGACACCAAAAACGAGAGGGCAGUCUUCAGCAGAGUUUUCAGACCUGCAUUCAGACGUGAAGCUGACAGAGUGCCAGCAGAGGGCCCGUCCAUCGCAGACGCAGAUAAAGACAAAGAGAAGAAGCAUGGAAACUCUUCCAGCCCAGUUACAGCCAGUUCAGCGGAGCAGCCAGCUGCAGCCACACAUUGGCCUCCUAGAGGGAUGUAGUCGGCAGCGAAUGGAACUGGCCUAACCAUGCAGCUAAAGACGCGUCUCAUUCCCUCAUCCAGCACAGCGCCAUGCCACCUCUGCUUCCUCCAGUGACCUUUUGUAGUGUCUGUGAGUUCAUGGAAAACCUUUCUUUAUGUGGGAAACCCGGAAAAAUAGGUCCUGCUGAAGUUUGUCACAGAAAAAGAGAGAGCUUUACAUGCCUUCAAAAAAAAUUGGAAAUUUGACGCGGCAUUAAAUUAAGUUUCAAAUCAUCGGAGCCUGGGUACAACACCCAGGGAAUUUUUCUAACACAAGAUUUAACUGUUUACAAAUGAAUAAACUAAUAACUAGCAAACAAGCUUGCAAAACGAUAGCAGUUCUUUUUUUUUGUAUUUAAUGUAAAUUCUGCUACUUUCCUUCAUGCUGUUUAGAUCAUUUCAAAUCAAUGUUUUAACUUGUACCAUUUGGAGCAUAAGUGCUCCUCUUUUGUUUAUUCACAACAUCAAUGUUUGAAAGCAUCACACGUCAUUUCCUCUUCUGAGAGAAUACUGUAGUUUAGGUGUGUGUUUGAGCUCCGUCUGAGAUGAGCGCACUCUCAGGUUAAUGGCAGAAAGCACACCUGUGUGACACACAGCACCCACACAAUUCCAUAGACCUGCGUAUGUAUAAACAGCCAUACCUACAAACACAUGCAAAAAUAAUAAUAAUAAUAAUAAAUAUGGGGGAGGAAAAAGCAGCAAAAGAACAGUGAUGAUGUGCACAGACCAGUUCAUCCCACCCUCAAACGCUCUUUCAAUGUAAUAUUGUGAAAUCUGAACCUGUAUUAGGUUGUGGUUAAUUCUUGGUAAUGCAUAAACAUAAUAUAAAUGUAAACAGUAUAUAUAAACAUUAUAUCUAUUUUUUGAAUAAAUCCAAUGUACGGAACGGAGGUUGUUUUGCAGGUUGCUGUGUGUGUGUGUGUGUGCGUGUGGUUGGAGGCAAUAAGGAUGUGUGUGUUUUGGUCGGUAGGUCCACACGAGUUCCUGUUUUGUUGCUGGAGUCCUGUCUACAUGCAGGUGUGAGUGUGAGCAUGUUGUGCGUUUUGGUUGUCUGCAGGAUGUCUUCCAUAAAGUUUACCUAAAGAAUAUUUCUCUGCUGAUUCCAGCUCAGGCUGUACUGUACUUUCCAUCAACAGUUGAAAUGUUUUUUUUCUUGUGUUUUCUUCGCACAUUGUUUCAAUAUUUGGUCAGUCGCUUAGCGCCAAACGCCAGUUUAAGGAAGCAACGUAGGUUAGAUAUUUUUACACAUUAUUAAAAAAUCUUGUCAAACAAUUUCUCAGUGUUGACUUCUCUUUAAACAGAUUUAACAUUUAACAUCAAAAUAAACACAUUUCAUGACAUGCCAACUCUUUUAGUUUGAAUAUUGGUGCAUUUUGUUGAAAUCUAAACAUAAUUGUCCAAAGUUUAAAAACAUUUUUCAAGUUAGAAGAGUUGAUAAGAACUAAAUUAAUUAAAUAAUUAUAAUAAUCAAUAACUGAAAAAACCUUCAACGCACUCGUGUUUUCUAAAGAUCCUAACUUAAAACAACAAACUGCCUGAGCUGUAAUGAACCAGAAUUUUUCUGCCACACACUCACCUUCUUUCUUCUCAUCUCUCUUUCUCAGGGAAGGAGUUGACUUUAAUUGCAUUAAUAACGAUGAAAUGAUUUACUUUAUUUAUUUUUCAAAGCACUUUUUGGACAGGCACUUUUGGUUAGCAUGUGAUGGUGCCUCAGGCAGCCGUAUUACUCCCUCCUUAGUGGUGGGAGAAGUUUGACUUGAAGGAGCGAAGCAUGUACAUACUAGAAUAUUCUUUUUUUUUUUAAUGCUUUCUGCCAAAGUGUGUCUUCCCAACAGGAUUACAGCUGAACUUCAUAUCUGCAGUAGCCUUGUUUCUUGUCAUACAGGUGUAGAGUAAUCAAAUACAGUUUCUGAUCAAUCUUCCACGUGGGGUUCCUCGUUUUUUAUGUAAUAAUAAAUAGUGUGUGCACUAAGAGGAAGGCUUUAAAGAUUCAUCUGUUGCUUUCAUCAGUUCAACGCUUUGAGCCGUUUGAAGUAAAACUAAACAGAGAGCAAUUUUUUUAGGAUCAGAACUAGAAGAUUCAAAAAAUAAUAACUUUUUUUUUGUUUUGACAAGGUUGUGGACAGGGUCACAUAUUUCCCCUCCUUCACCAAACAUAAACACUGCAUCCCAUUGUGUGUGUUUGACGCUGCCCCCUUCACAUGGGGGCAGUUCCAGGUACGUUGCAGCGUUAAUGGCAUGUGAUACGGUAAGCUUUAAGUGCCAUUAAGUUAGACUCAUCAACUAUUUAAGUAAUGCUGGAUUCUUCAGUGUUUACUCAUAAAUUUACUUUUAAAAAUUCCUUGCCCAUUUUGUACGUUGAGGUAUUUUCUUGUGUGCGUGUGUGUUUGAAGAUGUUGGGUGGGGGGUAAUUCUGGGAAAGACUGAUGUAAUGUCAAUUUUUUUUUUAAUGUGAAGUGGACUGAUGCUUUUUUGAAAUUCUUUUAUUCUGAAGGAGUAAUGUGUCUCUUUCCUGUUGUCGGUUUAGCUUGUACUUUCAAAUAUUGAACCUAAUAAACGUGUCAAAACAAAC